CCAUGAUAAGCAAAAGCUCAAACUUGCCUGGAGAUAGCCAUAGUGAUAUUUAAAUGUGUGGGUUAAUUUCUUAUCCAUUGUAAUAACUGAAUUUCUCUUCCUUUGUCCCCCCUGCCCCCCUUCUACUUCUUUGCUUUCUAUUUCUGCUCUGAGGCCCUGGGCACAGCACUGUCUGCAGGCAAUAGCUCUAGAGCAUAUUGAAGGACACUCUUAGAACGAAUAGUUUGUUUCCUGGCAUCUGGAUUCCUGCUCCUUUUUCGAAAUGGCAGGUGUGAAUGUCUUUAUAAAAUAUUCUAUGUUUAUCUUCAACUUCGUGUUGUGGCUAUGUGGUAUGCUGAUCCUGGCAGUAGCAAUAUGGAUACGAGCAAACAUAUAUAAUAAAGAGAUCGUCAAUUCUGGGGACACUGAGGUUAGCUCCAAUGCUCCUGUGAAUAUCUUGAUUGCUGCAGGUGCCAUCAUCAUGAUUCUGGGUUUCCUGGGAUGUUGGGGUGCCAUAAAAGAGAAUCGCUUCAUGCUUCUUUUGUAUUUCAUAGGCUUGUCCCUGAUCAUGGUCCUGCAGGUGAUAUCAGGUAUCAUGGAAUCUUCUUCCAAAUCUAAGUCUGAGAGCAAAUUGGAUAGGACUCUUCGUGAAAAUGCAAAGCUCUUGAGUGAAACAAGUGAAAGAGGAAAACAAUUCCGGAAAAUCAUGGCUGAAUUUCAACAAGAGAAUAAAUGCUGUGGUUUGUUCAAUGGAGCUGAUGAUUGGGGAACUAAUUUUGAACAAAUUUAUGAGACAUGUAAAUGUUCAAAGCCAUCAGAUUCUUGUAUAUCUUAUGCUGGAAGAAACAUUCAUAAACAGACAUGUACUCCUUUGAUAAAAGACUUAGUUUUAAAUCGCAGUAAGAUGAUUAUUGGAACAUCAUUUGGAGUGGCAGUUGUUGAGGUACUUGGUUUAGUGUUUUCUAUGAUCCUGUAUCGCCAGAUUGGGAAAAAAUGAAUACAUGGACAUGUCAAGUUACCAUCAGUCAGACCUUUUAAAAUCUUACUUUGGCUUUGUGACUUUAAAUAUACAAGUGCUCUAUCUGUCAGAAGCAGCUGUCUUACUGAAAUGUCUCCUUUAAUAAGACUAUAGAUACCUUCUUUGGUGCUUUUUUUUUGGAUGUCUGAUCAUUGUGUUCAGGUGGUUCUGUGCUUAUAAUGUUCAUCUGGAAUAAUCCUCAUUUCCAGGUGACAGGGGCCAUAGAAACAAGACUCUUGUGAGCUUUAGUAGUCAUUGGUGACAAAAUUGAAUUAAGUCUGAAGUUAAAAAAAUCGAGAGUGAUCUGGCUGAGUUGCUACCGCUUUUCUGCUGUGUGUCACUACUGCUAAUGGUGCCUCUCUUUUGCCACCUACCUUGUGGUGGGGACAAGAUCUGAGAGCUCCCCUCACAGCCACUGGGUCUCUGGUACCUGGAUCUCAGACACUUAAAAUUUACUUGUUAUUAAUGUACAGUAUACAUAUAGUAAAAUAAAUGAAUCUUAAAUGUGUAGCUCUGUGAAUAGGUAUAUGCCUGUGUGCUCCUCCCUGCCACAUCUGGGCAGUGUGCUGAAGCUGGCUCAUGCCAAUUUGCCAGAGCAGAUUGUACACAUAGGCAUCUCAAGUCUGAAUAAGACUGUGUCCAGUGACAUCAUCUUGUUAACUUGUAACCUACCAUAAUGGGAGUAUUUUCACCAAGGAAAUUGGCAAAUACUAUCAAAUUUAGGCUCUUAUUAUUUUAAGAACUGGUUGGUAAACAUAUCUAUAUACUCCGCCUCUCAGAAAAUAGCUUCCCAAAAGUAACUACUCUUUUGGCAACCAUGACUAUGGAUUCAUAUUGCCUGGUCUUAAACCUUCUCUAAAGGGAAUAAUAAAUUAUACACUCUGGCUUGUUUUGCACAGCAUUUUGUCUGUGAGAAUCAUCUAUGUUAUUGCAUGUAGCUGUAGUUCAUUCUCAUCGCUAUGUAAUAUUCCACUGUAUAUGAAUAUAUCACAAUGUAUUUAUCCAUUCUUCUGUUGAUGGGCAUUUGGUUCUCUAUUAUGAAUAAAGCUGCUAUAAACAUUC